AUGGAGACCUGUAAAGGAGAACCAGAGCACACUUCUCGGGGCACCGAGGGCACCACGGGGUCACCUCAUCACAAGAGCAGUGCCCGCGUCCCCUCCCUGAGCGGCACCCUGCAAGUGAUCGACACCAUAGCAGCCCGAGUGGUAGACAGGCGGCGCGGAGGUAGCGCGAGGCGGGGUGGAGCGCGCCGCACGGCGCGGAGAGUGGAGCUGGAGCCGGCGGGCGGGGUGAGCUCUCGGAGGCGCGCACCUCAGCGGUUCGCCUCGGGCCAGAGCCCGCCCGCGGCGCCGAGCAGCAGGAGGAGGGCCGCGCCAGAAGGGCCGUGCAGCGCAGGCGAGCGAGAGCCCACGAUGGAGACACCGCCGCGGGAGGACGAGGAAGCGGGCUCGGAGCGCUUGUCCGCCAAGGGCGAGCGUCCGAGCUUCCCCGAGGCCGAGGCCACUGAGGAGCCGCCAGGCCAGCUGCAGGAGGAGGCGGCCGCCGAGGCGACGGGGUUCCGGCACCAGCAGCAGCGGCUGUGGCAUCUCUUCCAGCUCUCAGCCACGGCCGUGGCCCAGCUCUACAAAGAAGCCGGGUGCCAGCAGCCUGGGCUGUCCCUGUGGGACCCGUUCCAGAACGCGGCCGUGGCGGUGACCAGCCUCUACAAGGAGAGCGGCAGUGCCCACCAGCGAAGUUUCGAGCUGGGCAUCCAGCUGGGCUGCCAGCGGCGCCGCCAAGACGUGCUGGAGUGGGCUCAGAAGGGCCGGAGCAUCAUCCGCCGCGAGGACCUCAUCAGCUUCCUGUGCGGCAAGGGCUCCUCCGCCCCGGCCCCCACCCCGCCGCGAGCCCCGGCCCGCUCGCCCUCGAAGCCGCCCGCCGAGGCCGGCUCGGCUGUUGACGUCGACCUGCAGCCCUUCCACGAGGCCAUCGCGCUGCACGGCCUCGACGGCGCCAUGGCGGCUGUCAGCGUGCGCUCGCCGCCCCACGGCGGCCUGGGCCCCGCGCCCGGCAGGUUGAGCAGCGGAGCCGACCACAACGACCACGACUACCACGUGCGGAACCCCUUAGACUCUGAGGGACUGUUCCAGGGUCAGGGUCCUGAUGGCUCAGGGUCCCGCAAGCGCCCCCCGGCACCAUGGGAUGACAACGACGUUGAGGAUGACCUCACCACCGCGCACUCCCCAAAGCGCAACCGGAUGAUGUGA